AUGCUAAUGAAAGCAGACCCUGUGACUUCGACUAUUGUCCAUAAUUCUGGCACGGUUGUAGCUACUUGCUCCGGCCAAAGAUCUACACCUAUGAUUGAUAACAGCGGGAGUAGUAGUGAAGACAGCAGUUCGGACGAGGAUUCGGACGAGGACUCGGAUGAAAGCUGUUCCGAUGAAGAAUCUAAGAGCGAAAGUGCUACUUCAAAUCAAGCACCAAUGCUGACCUCCACGGCCCCUGAUAAUAGUUUAAACCUAUAUGAAGCACAUAUGGCCAUUACCUAG